UGAUAAUGGAAACCUGACCAGCAGCUCGCAAUUACACAAAAUGAUGAACGGAAAGACGGUAAUAGUAACCGGAGCGAACAGCGGGAUCGGGAAAGCCACGGCAGCCGGCAUAGUGAAGCUCCAGGGCCGCGUGAUCAUGGCCUGCCGGGACCUGAGCAGGGCGGAGGAGGCGGCCCGGGAGAUCCGACAGCAGACCGGGGCAGACGGCUCUCUGCUGGUCCUAAAACAGCUGGACCUGGCCUCCCUCACAUCUGUGCGCACUUUCUGUCGAGACAUAAUAAAGGAGGAAUCUCGGCUCGAUGUGCUCAUCAACAACGCUGGGAUCUAUCAGUGUCCUUACACCAAGACGGAGGACGGCUUUGAGAUGCAGUUCGGGGUCAACCACCUGGGCCACUUCCUGCUCACCCACCUGCUGCUGGACCUCCUCAAACAGUCAGCUCCCAGCCGCAUCGUGGUGGUCUCCUCCAAACUCUACAAGCGCGGUCACAUCAACUUUGAGGACUUAAACAGCGAGCAGAGCUACGACAAGGCCUUCGCCUACAGCCGCAGCAAACUAGCCAACCUGCUGUUCACCUGCGAGCUGGCGCAGCGCCUGGAGGGCAGCGGCGUGACGGUGAAUGCUCUGACUCCGGGCAUCGUGAGGACCAACCUGGGCAGGCAUGUUCACAUCCCAGGGUUAGUGAAGCCCGUGUUUGACCUGCUCUCCCGGGGUUUGUUCAAGAGCCCCGAGGAAGGAGCUCAGACCUCAGUGUAUCUGGCGUGCAGCCUGGAUGUGGAUGGCGUGCAGGGCGAGUGCUUCGCAGAUUGUCAGCCUCAGGUUCUGCUGGACAAAGCCACAGACCUGGAGGUGGCCAGUAAACUGUGGGACAUCAGCGAGGUCAUGGUGGGCAUAACCACGUGAGAUCCAAGAUGAAUUCAUGCAUCCUAAAGACACAAGUGAACUCGACUGAAAUCCUGAAAUAUUCUAAAUAAUCAGUGCCUUGCUCUAUAAAAGUCUGUCAUUAAUUCCAAAGCACACUAGUGUCACAGAAUUUUAUUUUGUUUUAUUGUAUUUUACUAUUUUUAAGAUUAUUUCAGGGGGACAAAGAGUGGACAACAUGCACUAAGUGUCGAAAGUGGAAUCAAACCCGUGUCUGCCGUGAUAAAGACACAGCUCUUUGCACAUGUGGCGCCCGCCCAAUCAAGGGAGCCACCGGGCACCCCAGAAGUUUUAUUUUAACAUGCAUAUUUUUUUUAACAGUGUCUUUAUUUGGGUUUUCAAUUACAACAGAUAUUACAUAUAAAUAAAAUGCUUUUGUCAGCAAA